AUGGCCACCGGCGGGGAUAUUGAAGACCUCCUUGGCCGCCUCCGUCGUCAGGCUGUCAUGAGCCCUUCACAUAGUGAUUCUCUUGCCAGCCCAUUAGGGCAACAGCAACAGCAUCAACAGAAUCAGCAAUCCUCUCAUCAAUCUCAUCCCCCUCAGCAACAGCAGAGUCCACAAUCUACUCGUCCCGGAGCAUUUCCUCCCCCUCCCCCCUUUCAUUUGGGGACUAUUCUUCCUCCUCCACCUCCCGCUUCUUCUUCCCAGCACUUUUCCCGUAACAAUCUUCCCGAGCCAAUAAGCAGUCCGGGCUUGCAUCAAUCGCAGCCCGGUUUUCCCCCGUACCACCCAGAAGCUCCGCUGCCCCAGCCUCUCCAACAGCCGCCGGCCCAACAGCAGUUGCAGCAACCGCCAACAUCACAACCCGCUGCCGAGAUAGUGAAUAAUAAUAAUAAUAGGAGCCCGUCGGGACCUCCGAUAUUUUCUCAGAAUACCCCGCCUCCUUACGCCAAUCCGAUGUCGCCUUCCGUGGAUGGUGCUAAUGCAAGUAGAACUGCGAGCCUGUUGCAACUGUUGAAGUUUUCCCAGGCCGUCCCCGCUGCUCCAAUCUCUGAAAUUUCACAGCCAGUAGUAGCCUCACCGUCCCCACGCCCGUCUGUAUCAUCUCCCCCUCCUGUCCCUUCACAUACACAGUCGCAGCAGUCCCAACCAUCGCAUGGCGGAAGUGUCUCGGCGUCUGACCUGGCAGCAUCUGUACUGGGCCGCCAAUCUGAAACACCCGGUGGCUCGAGUUUGCGACGAGAGAACACCGCACCGGAGAUGCCGACGGAGCCAACAUUUUCCAAGGGGCCUACGGAUCGUUUGUCUUCUGCGAAUCAUCAGAAUUUUGUGCUUCAAUUAUUCGGGCGACCUAAGCCCUCCCAGGACGAUUUGCCGGGCACUGGACCUACCGCGGCUCCUCGCAGCAACCCUCCCAUGCCCGAACGUCACAUGAGCCAGGGUCCCAGCGACUUUGGCAGCCAGAAACAAUCACCCAUCCCUUCUGAGCCUCGUCCUAUGUCUGUUCCCCCAGCUGCACCGUCCAAAUCGCCACCGCCUUCUCAGGGCGUUUCUACGCCGUUUUCCAGUCCUACGCCGAACAAAGGUUUGUUCACCCAUGUGAAUCCCUUCGAACAAUUGCAUGCGACGAGCCCACUUAAUAGAGCGUCUAGAAGCUCUACCACUCCGAUCCCUGCGAAUAACGGAAAGAGUGGUCUGGGUGCCAGAGAGGUGAAAGCUGAGAACGUUCCCUUGCCAUAUUCUUCCACAUCCUCCUUUGCCCAGUCAGAGAACUCUCCCGUGUCCGCCACCAUUGAAGCUGAGGCGGCUAAAAACGCUUCUACCUUGGAUCAGGCCUUGAGGAACGAGGAAGAGAUGAAGGAUAGCCCGGAUUCUGCGGCGGCUGAGAAUGUAGUGAAUGCGGGCGAGCGGCGGGAAGUGACCGAAUCGCCUAUUGGGCAACAGGUGAAUGAGACCCCCAGUGCUGCCAAUGGCACAUCCGCUCGGGAGACCUUUGGCGAUGAGGAUUGUGAGAAUAUUCCUCCUGCUCGUGAGCAUCGCGAGGAAGAGGAGGAUGAUAACUAUCAGUCCGCUUCCGAGGCCCACGGUUCGCCCGUUCUCGUUUACAAUUUCCCUAUGAAGCCGUUUUCGUCCAUCACCAUCAAUCCCUCAACUGCGCCACGCCCUAAGUUUCCGGUCUCGAAGAUCUCGGACAUUGCUCGGAUGCCUAGGCUCUUUGAUCAGCUCGAUCGCAAUCUUAUCGCCGCUUCGCACCAGUUUAUCGUGUAUGCUAUUAGUAAGAGCCACGGUCGCGGCGGAAUCAGAGUGCUCAGACAGUUUGAUGGGAAGGAUAAAGUUUUAAUGAAGGAUAGCACUGACAGGACUUUCAACGUGACCAUCAGCAAUGGGGAUAGGGUUCUUGGAACUGGAAUCUCCGGCGCCGUCGUCUGGGCUGAACCCGGAGACUUUGAUGGACCGGACUGGAAUAACAUGUUUGUUUUCCCUCCGAGCGAGGAGCAAGGCCAGAGCAACGGCGUCUUGAAGUCACGGGCUAGGAAAACGUGCAGACAGGCGGAUGUUUUUGCCAUCGGAAGGGGGAAGACCAUCAGCAUCAUCCAUGCUCCUACUGCCAAGGCAUAUGCUCAAGGACGGAGGAAUAAUGAAGUCGCCUCGAAAAAAUACCUCGCCGAGCAUACGCGCACCAUUGAUACAGGCAAGGCUUCGAAAGACUUUGCCUUUUCGGAUGACGACUCGGUAAUCAUUUCCAUUGACAAGGCUGGGAAGCUUAAGCUUUGGGAUGUUCAGGAGCUCAUCGACUUUUCCGGCAAUGAUGCCUACAACUCUUUACAGCCGGCACCUGCGCCACAGCCUCCAAUGGUCCUUACAAAUCCCAUUCUCAUGUUCUCGGCGGUGGCAACGGGAGAGUCCUACAGGGCUACUUCUAUCAUGUUUUUGGACAAGUUCCGUCCAUAUCACAAGUGUUUGGCGUUAAGAUAUGUCAUUGUUGGAAUGAAGCAGAAUCAUACGCUCCAGCUGUGGGAUCUCGCGCUCGGGAGACCGGUUCAGGAGAUCAACUUUCCGCAGGAGAGCGAUACCGAUGCGUUGUGUUCGGUUGUCUAUCACCCGACGACCGGCAUUAUCGUCGUCGGAAACCCUACCAGGAAUUCAAUCUACUUCAUUCAUCUCUCGGCCCCCAAGUACAACCUUCCACCCAUGUCCCAGGCGCAAUAUAUACGGGGACUUGCUAUUAAGGACACCAGCAUUCCUAAGCCAGAUGCAACCGCUAUCCUCAGCGGUCUCAGGGAGUACUCGUUUGCUUCUAAGGGUCAACUAAUGAGCUUGGAUAUCCUUGAUGGCGACGCCCAGAGUGACCUUCCACCGUUGUUUGAGCUCUACGUGGCGCAUAGCAAGGGGAUGACCGCCUUGAGUGUUUUCAAAGAGGACUUGGGUUGGGAUGGUAAAAAUAGCGCCCAGAACCCAGUCGACGCUGUUAAAGAGGGCAUCUGUACGCUUGCAGCGAUGUCGCCACCACCCCCUCCGGAGAAGGAUAGAGACAGCGAUAACAGCAAUAGGAGUGAGAAGAGCUCUAAAUGCGAGAAGGGUGUCGAAAAAGCCGAGAAGGUCACUUUGCCCGAAGGGGUUGAAUCCGCCGAGAUGGCCGACAAAGUUGCUGACCUUCAGUUUGGGGCAACCCAAGGAAUGAAGUCGGCCCCUCCCGAGAACGCGCCCAAGGGCCCCGCAAAGUCAAGAAGCGUUAGCCCUGGCAACAGGGCCCCCGAGCAAGGUGAAGAAAAGCCGGCGGUUUCCAAUGGCAAUAGUAAGCGCAAGAGAAAGGACAAGGGCAAUGCACAGCAGUCGGGUCCGUCGGGCCCAUCUGACGAGAAAUCGGAUAAGACCGUUUUGGCCCCUGUCAGGCCUAGGGGAGCUCUGGCGACAGCUCAGGGCGGAGACCAUGACACUAUCGCAGGGCUUUCGCCGGCAUUCUUGGACCGCGAGAUCAAGAAGUUUGAGAAGUCCGUGUCCUCUGAGUUUGCCAAAACAUUGAACAAGGAGAUUACAGAUUUGUGUAAGUGCCGUUAUCGCGAGCAUCGGUCGAACCCACACUGACGGUUAUUUAGAUCGUCGGAUUGAUGAAGAUAAGAGGGUUCAACAAGCUGCUGGUGAUGCCAAGCAGGAUGCUAUUCUUAGACUUCUGUCCAGCACGCUUACGGAUAACGUUGAACAAGUCAUUGGGCGUAUCGUCAUGACCAACAUCCAGCAGUCUGUUUUGCCUGCCAUCUCGGGUGCCACUAGUGCGGCUAUUGAGAGGAAGCUUGGGGAGAGCAUUUCGAGGUCUUUAACGGCUACUCUUCCCGCCGAGCUUCGUGCCAUUGUUCCCGAAGCCAUGAAGCAGAUAUUCAGCCAGCCCGAGUUUAUGACCAGGAUCGGCGAAGCUAUCUCUAGGCCGUUGGCUUACUCUAUGGAGCAGGAAAUUUCCAAAACCAUCUGCCGCUCUCUCCUUCCUGCUUUCAAGCAGCUUUCGGACGAAACCGCCGGUAAGCUUAGCGCCGAGUUCAAUAGGAAGCACAAUGAGACGAUCCAAGCCUUGGAGCGCGUGCAUAUUCAGGAUACCCAGAAGAUUGAGCAGCUCACCAAUACUGUCAAGAGCCUCGUCGAUGUUGUCCAGGCCAUGGCCAAGUCACAGGCAGAGUUCCAGGACCAGGUGCAAAGGGCCCAAGCAGAGUACGUUCAGGCUUAUGAGCAGACUGGGGAACCAGAACCAGCGCCCAGGGCCCCAACUCCCCCUCCACCCCCCACUCCGGAACAGCUGGAGGCGGAAGAGACUGAGAGAUUCUUGCGGAAUGGAAAAUACGAGGAGGGCACAAUCAAGGUGAGAUCAAUCCAAAUUUCGUACCAAAGAUGCCGGGCUAAUAUUGUGUUUACAGUGGCUUCAAUCAAAAGAGCGCCAAGCGGAGUUGUUCGAUGAAGUGGUUGUCCGGUAUAGAUAUGAUUUCCUUCCAAACCUCAGCCAGCUUGUCCUCUUGUCGGUCUCUGCCGCUGUCAGCAUCAAGUUUGAGAACAAGGUUUACGAGCGGCUGAGCUGGCUCGAAGGUGUUCUCGCGGUUCUAGAUCCUAUGGUAGCCAUCACCUCUACCAUCUAUUGAGGCAAAAGCUAAUGUUCCGCAGGACCCCGAAAUCCACGAGAUUUGCCACAGGAUCAUGGCUGUUGUUGUCCAACGACUCGAGCAGCUGUAUAUGAGCACUGCCGAGAAGGAUAUGCAAGAUCCCAUCCUUCGCAAGAUCCCACCGAUCGCUCGUCGAGCUAGGGAGCUAUCUUCCAUGGCUGCUUAGACAAAGUAUGUUGCAUUUGAUAUUUCCCUUUUUUCCCACUUUCUACACACACACACACACACA